AUGGGUUCGCGCAAGGGCAGUGAUGGCCCGGUGACGCGGGAGAAAAAAGAUCGCGUUCUGCCCAGCGGACGUGUCUCCAGACCCAACGCCAACGCCAAGAUCGCGAAAUCUGCACGUUCCCCAUCCAAGCCCAAGCGGCCCCCUGGACGCCCUUUCAAGAUGCCGGCCCGAAGUUCCUCCUCCCAGCUUUCGUCCCGAUCGACAAGCGCUGUCCCGUCCCCGGCGACUGCGAGUCUUACAUCGACUCCCGCCCCGCGUCCCUUGUCUAUGCUUGAGGCUCUACCAGUGGAGGUCAUUGAGCAGAUCUUUCUCUACUCGCUGAAUCUCAAUCUGCCCCGCGCAUCACCUGUUCUCGCGGCCGCGAUUUCGAGAGAACAAAUCUACAGGAUCCUGAUCAUUCUCGCCUUUUGGGAUGAUCCUCCAACGAACCCCCGCAGCGCGGCAAUCAAUCGCAUUCUCCGGCCACUGGACUAUGUGUCCCUCACACUGGACCAACGAGGCCGGCUACAGGAAGCGGUCUUCCGCUGCCGGUGGUGCACGAUGGAGCGCCUGCGCGAGCAGAUCCCGACCAUCAUAAUCCUCACCAUCCACCAGCAAUGGAUCAAUCUGGGCAUCACCAUGAAACCAGAUCAGCAGGCUGCACUGGAUAAGUUUAUGAACCGCCAAGACGACACGAUCCGUAUCUUCCACGGCGAGGGACCGCCACUCAAAGUCGCCCCCCACUUGUGCCAGCAUCCCGAGAUGCAGCGCCUCUCGCGCAUCCCCGGCCCGCACAAGUAUCAGCUCCACGUCAAGCCCAUGGUAAUGGUGGAGGUGCGCUCGGAGACGAUGAAAUCCAUCGUCGCCUGGCCGGCUCUUGCGAUCCUGAAAUUCCCCGACCACCUCCUCCGCGGCGGCAAGACGGGCUUCACUCCAGACGACGUGAUGUACCUGGAGAUGCUGCGCAUGUGCUCAAACAACUUUGCGCAGAACGACACCCCGCUCCUCCCCUCGACCAUCUCGACCGUGGAUCGUACCGUGCUACACGAGGGCGUCGGCAACGCUAUCCGCACGCAAAAUUACAACGCGCUCAUCUCCCUCCUCAAAAUCGACGAAUACAUCUUCCGCUUCCACAUGUCCAGACAAGGUCGACCCGUCUGCUACACAAUCCCGUCAGAUCAUUUCUUGACCGUGACCCGAGUCGGCCGCGAUAAGCCCCAUCUCAACGCAGCCUUCUUCGAAGCUCUCAUCCGCGCCAGCGCAGAAUCAAUCCCCAGCAAUGCGCCAGAGAUUCUGCAGUGGACGCUUGAAAAUGUGCGACUCUCACAGCGCAACCCAAAUACAUACAAUGAGAUCAACGGUAAACUGGCGCACUGGUUGUCAAACUUUGUGCUGCGGUUGCCUGAACAGUUGGAUUAUAUCCAGGAAUUUCCGCAGGGUCAAUUGUUUAAUUGUGGCCAGCUCGAUCCGCUGGAUAUGGAGGCUUGUCGGUUUAUUGAGGAAGUUCUCGAGCCGUGGCGUGGGCCGCCGACGAACUGGAUGCCUGAAUCGCUGUUUCGGAUUGAUGAUUGGUGGGUGAAGAAGAGUGAUUUAUCGGAGAAUUGA